CCGUUAGGGUGUACAAUGUCUUAUUUUAUUCUUACUCGUAUUAUAGUAAGGAUGAGCAGAAUUUGAGAGAAUACAUCAUUUAUUUAAUAGAUUGUCCCAUUGAGAAUGGCUAAUAUACAAUUAAGUGAUGAGAAUAUGGGUGCUCGGAGGAAUCCUGGGGAUUUAAAGCUGACGGAAGAAGAAAUGAGGGUUUUUAAUCAAUGUAAUGCUGAGGGUAUUAUGAAACGUGGUAUUCCUCUUGGAUUGGUUUUUGGAGCUACUGCUUAUUAUGUUGUCAAAAAAGGCUAUGUCAAGGGCCAUAAUGUAUAUGGUGCAGUACCAGGCACUAUUAUUUCUGGCAUAUUUGGAUAUUUCUUAGGCAGAAUGACUUACACGUCCAUUUGCCUUGAUCGGCUUAUGAACAUGCCUAAUAGUACAGUUCGCAGAAGAUUAGAAGCUGCUCAAGGCAUAGUAGGUUAUGAGGGUUCUGCUGCUAACGAGAGUCUUUAUAUGCCUGUGAGCGUUGAGAGUGGUAAUACUUCUUCUUCUGACGCUAUGAAUUCUUCACUGGAUAUUGACAUUUACCAUUCUCCUAAUAAUUUUGAUGGUUUCGUUGGCAACAGUGAAAAUAGCGAUCUGCAGAUAAAUAAGGAAGUAGGUCUUAACGAGAGCAUUAGUACUCAAUCAGGUUUGUCCUACGAUGAACGAAGAAAGAGAAACCGGGAGGAAUACGUUCGCAGUGUAAAUCAAAGAUAUUCCCGCACGGCUACUCCCCAUACGUCACACGCUUCCGUUGAAGAGAGAAAUACAUACCAGGAGAAGACAAAAUAUGGCGAUGUUUGGGGUUGAAAGAAGAGAGGGACUAUAUUUUUUGCGUAUGCUAGGCUACAAUGGAUUUUAUAAAAUGCGAACGUAGUAAUAAAUAGUGAUUUGCAUCUAAGAAUUUCACAAACUUGUUAUAGAGAGAAUUACACCAAUUUUUGACAAUUAUGUAUCAUGAAUAUACGAAUGAUGAUUUACUGUA